AUGACCGCCACGGAAACACCGGAAGUCCACGUCCACAUGCAGGGACAGGAAGCCCUCUUUUCUGAGAAUAUGCCCUUAAGAGAAGUCAUUGUGCAUCUAACAAACCAGCUGGCCAUGGGAAUCCCAAACAGCGUGAACGUGGGGUCACCUUUCUGGACUCCUCAAGACACUUCCAUGGAAACAGGGCAGAGAGAGAAGGGAAAUGAAGAUAAAGAAAGUGGCGGCAACGUUUCUUCGAAAACCUGUCAAGCAAAUGACAGUAUUACUAGUCAAAGUGAUCAGACACCUCUCCUGCUCAUUGUCCAACAAGAGAACUGUCCUCGGCUGGAAGAAGGGGCUGUUUCUCUGGAGAAUCCACUCCGCUCCAGAAGAGCAGGUCCAGGCACCUCCAGGUCCCAGGAAGGGCCCCUGGAAGGAGCCUCUCAUCAAGAUGUCCUUCUGGAGGAAGCAGGCUUUCUCUCCGGGCCAGACCAGGUCACCCUGGAGCCUGUUCCUGCCCGUCGGAGCACUGAGGGAAACUCUGCUUGCGAGGAACACCGAGAAGGAUUCCACGGAGUCCAAAAAGCAUACAAGUGUGAGGACUGUCCCAAGGUCUUUAGGUAUUUCUCUCGGUUGAAAGUUCAUCAGAGGAGACACCGGAAUGAGAGGACAUUUGUUUGUGCCGAGUGCAACAGAGGCUUCUUCCAGGCAUCAGACCUGCGUGUGCAUCAGAAGACCCACACCGGAGAGAAGCCUUUCCUGUGCAGCACGUGCAAAGCGGCCUUCAGCCACAAAACCAACCUGCGGGCUCACGAGAGAAUCCACACGGGGGAGAAGCCCUAUGCGUGUCCCCUGUGCCGGAGAAGCUACCGCCAGUCAUCCACCUACCACCGCCACCUGAGGACGCACCAGAAGGUUGCCCUCAGGAGUGUCCCCUCCACGCCACAAGCUUCCUUGGCCACAGCCCUAAUGUAAUGUCUAUAAAUCUGUAUGCGAGGAUGUUUAUUCCCAGAGUUCUUCUCUAUUUAGAAUGUACUUUAUAACUUCCUGAUUGUAUUUUGCAUUUAUUGCUUCACCCCAAUAAAAUGU